AAAAGACUGCAAAAUACACAAAUUAGACGGCGAACUCAAUAGUUCUGAUAAAGUACGACAUAUUUGCUCCUCUUCUUGCCAGACGAAUUUUUGAUUUACUUUCAAGAUGCUGCCAACUGUAAGUGAAAAGUCUGCCGAGUCCGGCGUGACAGUCAUCACAGAUGGUGGGUCCUCUCGACGUGACAGCGCCGAGAUGAAGGCGUCGUACAAGAAGUACAUCAUUGUUGCUGUUGCUGUCAUUGUUGUUGUUGCUGUUGCUGUCGGUGGAACAUUGGGAGCAGUUCACAUGUCUAACAAAGAUGUGUGGAAGGAGUACCAUCUCCGUUUAACUGACAAGCAAGGGAAGAAAGUUGACGAAAAAGUUCAGGUUGAUCUUAAAGACAACAUCACCGUGUACAACGUGAACAACGAAAAGUUUCACGUCGCCAUGGACAACUCGAGAAGUCUGGUAGUAUACAAGAUGGAAAUGAACAACAAGUUUGCUUGUUACUUGACUCCAAUGAAGAAAUAUGAAGAGACUGACAGCAAGGACGUGGCCAACACUUUGGAACAACCGAACACCGUCCAGAACACGACAGAUGAUGUAGAAGAUGAUGAUGACCAAAAAAGCUUCGAGGUGAAUACUUCCCCGAUCAAAGAUAAGUCCAUCCUAAGUCCCAGGAUGCAGGAAUUCUGCAGGAAUCUGGAGGCAUACUGGCUCUCUCAGAAGGACGUAGAUGGCGCCAGCACCCAAACCCCGGCAGGAGGUAUUCGCCAAAAGCGAGCUUGCUCUUGGUACCGUUGCAUAAGGAUUCAACGCAUUUGUUUCAGGAUUGGUUCUCGUCGGUAUUGUUUUUAUAGAAUCACUCGUGGUUACUGUAAAAGAUGCUACUAGCUGGGGUUAAUAAACUUCUUGGUGAAAUGUCCGUUUAUCACAAGUAUUUUUGCGAAGUGUAAUUAAAUAAUCAAGUGACUUCAAAAAUUCCACGUGUGUAUUCAAGAAUAUAUCAGAACCAUAACAAUUGCAGAUCAUUUAUCCUCGAUUACUGUAAGUUAUGCAUCUUUUAGUAAGAAUUAUAUUUAUUUUUUUAUUCAUAUUCGAAAUAUGAGUAAAGGAGAUGGACUGUCAGGUGCUGACUUUUGUUAAGGUGUGCUAUUUUACGGAGUUUCUUAUGUAUGUGAAUGAUGGUAGAAAUGGUCGAAAAUAAGUUUCAUUCUCUCUGAAAUUAUGAUUAAAAGGUAAAUCAUGUAAAGGAUGUUAGGACCACAUGGUACAAAUACAGAAUGAUUUAAUUAGAAAAUUUCUUCCGAAGUUCUUAACCAGCUGCCCCGUUUUGUUUUUAAUAAGGUCCACGUCUGCAUUUUUGUUUGUUAACUGUUAUCACGACAACAGUGAAAUCAUUAUCUCAUUAUCCUAGCUAUAGAUUAUUACAUGUGAUGCAUCUUUAAGUGAUGCUUUUUUCUUGAGGUUUGCUUUAUUUUUGAAAAGUAAGAGAAGUAGAAGAUUAAAGAAAACACUAACUUUUUGCUAAGGUAGUACCAAAGUUUAUGGAGAAAUCGAUGAUGUAGGUUUUUCGUCGUCUCCAUUGUGGAAGCGCACCCCUCGGGGUGGAAAACGGGCAUUACAGGUAUUCUUUACAUCACUGAAUGAGCGAUUAUGCAUACAUUGUACCUCAAAUGAAGUAGAAAGCAAGAAACAUUUUUGUACUUUCACAGGCUUUAGUCUCUCGACACCAUUAUUGUACGGUGAGUUAUAUUUUUAAAUAAAAUGAUAACAAUUAUAA